UCUAGAUGGCGCCAGGUCUUUUGGAAAUUUGUUUUGGUGCGGAAACCAGCCACUACUGCAGAAUAACAGGAAGCGGCGCCCUUUCGGUGGCUUCUGUCUGCAGCGAGAUAUGCAUUAUUUUGCACAGUAAUUAAGACGAUGGCGCUGGGUGAUAAUGAAGGCGAGCCGCCGUUGUCUGACGAUGACAUCGACUGGACCGAUGAGAGCGCGGACAUCGCGGCAAGCCAGCCGGCCGACUGCCGGGACGCAGAAGGCCAGCCACAGAAGGUCAUCCUGCACUUUGACCUGGACUGUUUCUACGCCCAGGUGGAAAUGAUCCGCAACCCAGCCCUGUGGAACCUGCCUUUAGCUGUUCACCAGAAGUAUUUCAUUGUCACGUGCAACUACUUGGCCAGGGAGCUUGGGGUGACCAAGCGGAUGAUGGCGACGGAAGCCAGGUCUAAAUGCCCCGAGCUGGUCCUUCUCAAUGGAGAAGACCUGACCCCUUACAGGGAGAUAUCCUAUAAAGUCACAGAACUGUUGGAGAGUUUUUGCCCCCUGGUGGAGAGACUGGGCCUUGAUGAGAAUUUUGUGGACAUCACAGAACUGGUGGAAAAGAAGUUAAAGAAAGUGCCUCUGCCCUCUGACGUUUCAGUCAAUGGCCAUAUUUACAACCAGCAGGCCCUAGAUACCAUGGCCCCCGACCACCACCGGCUAGCAUUGGGGUCCCACAUCGCCGCCGAGUUUCGGGCCGCCGUCCACACCCAGCUGGGCCUCACGGGCUGCGCCGGCAUCGCCUCCAGCAAGGUUCUGGCCAAGCUGGUUUCCGGCACCUUCCGACCCAAUCAGCAGACAACGCUGCUGCCAGAAAGCUCCGCCCAGCUGAUGUGUGGCCUGAUCCACGUUCGCGCCAUACCGAGUGUGGGCCGCAGCACCGCUAUGCGCCUGCAGGCUCUCGGCAUUCACAGCGUGGUUGACCUGCAACGGUGCCCCCUGCCCACGCUAGAGAAGGAGCUGGGUGGGAUUUGUGCUCGCCGCAUUCAUUGCCUGAGUCUAGGCAUUGAUCCCCUGCCCGUCACGCCCAGAGGACCCCCACAGUCUCUCAGUGAUGAGGAUUCAUUCAAAAAAGUGUCUACAGAAGUGGAGGUGAUGCAGAAGGUCAAAGAGCUCGUAAGCAGUCUGCUACACAGGUUGCACAGGGAUGGCAGGGUUCCGCGCACCAUGCGUCUGACCAUCAAGCGUUUCUCGGAAUCCAGCCAGCCGGUGAGCAGGGAGAGCCGUCAGUGCCCUUUGCCCACCACCCUGGGGCAAAAGAUCCGCUCAGGCAGCUGGGAUGCGGUGACACCCCUGGUGUCCUUGGCCAUGAAGCUCUUCUUCAGAUUGGUGGACAGACACAUGCCGUUCCAUAUCACCCUGAUCAGCGUGUGCUUCACCAACCUGCAGUUGUGCUGUUUGGGCACUAGGGGCUCCAUAGUGUCAUUCUUCUCACAGGGGUCCCCCGUCAAGCCAAAGGAGGCACCAUCUGCAGGGUCCUCAGGUCCUACCUGCCAGCAGGGGGCGCUUGAUACAAGCGGCAAUCAGGACGUGCAAGAGGCGUCUCUGGUCGCCAGUGCACCACUGCAGCAGAGGUCGGCUCCCUCUCCUCCUCCAGGAGUCGACCCCAGCGUGUUCUGGGAACUUCCUGAGGAAAUCCAGAGGGAGCUGAGAUCUAGUGCAGCUUCAGCUCCUGUUCCAGAUUGCCCUGGUUCCACUGCGAGUUCUGCCCCAAGACUGGGACUGGGCCAACAUGCUUCCAGGGAGGCCUCUUCUCCAGCCGUACUCCGGCCACCCAGCUUGGCUCUACGCACGCUUGCAAACCAGACCCAAAGCCUGAAUCCCUCGCUGAACUCACCCGUCCAUGAGGUGCCCUCUCACGUGGACCCCCAGGUGUUUGUUGAGCUCCCCACAGAACUGCAGGGGGAGCUGCUGGCCGAGUGGAAGCGAGAGACGCGAACCCCUCCCUCAACCCCACCCUCAACCCCACCCUCGCAGACUCUGCCCUCCCCUAAGCGAGGCUGGAGCAGGCCAUCCAAGGGAAAGAAACUGAAUCCAUCCAACCGCACCCAGGUGAACAACCUGUUGAGGUACUUCAAGCCAUGCUGAGACAUCUGCAUGAGCCAUAUGGCCUGUGUGCACUGAUGGGUGACACACUGAUGGAUGACACACGCAUAUUAAUAUAACAGAGUGGCAGGCUUUUCCAAGCUGUGACAUGCGGAACAGGAUGGCAUAUGGAGCGUGUGACACCAUAGAUGACCCCUACCUUGAAGCCGAGGGUGUCACUACUAUUUUAUGCAUGAGUGCAUCCUUCUGGUAAAGGAAUUUUAUUGAUUAUACAGGCGUAUGAGUGCAAUUCCAGCCAAAGGGGUUGGGUGGCGCUGUCGUGUUUGUGUGAGGUCAUCUGACAUUCUCAGACAGGAAGUGAUCUUGAACCAAAGUCUUAAGUACAAUCACAGUACGACGGUUUUGAAUAAGUAUUUUGUGUAAGUAUGAUGUGUGUUUUUUUUAUUUAAAAAGAAGGUAAAAGAAAAUAAAAGGUUGUUGUAACAUUCUUUACAAUGUAACAGUUACAUUGUGUGUCCUGGGGAUCAGUCUCCUUGAGAGUUUAUUACUCAGUGUUAAAGCACUUAGGUAUGCUUUGUUUGUGGUUUAUUUUAUCUGAGUAAUGCAUUAUUACUGGAAAAAUUCUAAUAAAUUUCUUGCCAUACAGA